AUGGACUUGGAGAGCUACCCAGGGUGGAGCACCACGGGGCCCAACAUCACAAACUGCACUGGCCCACCUGCCAGCAGCCUGCCGGCGGUCCAGUUCACAGAUAGGAUGGCAGUGAUAGUGGUUGUACUUGGCCUCCUCACCCUUCUCACUGCGUUCAUCAAUGGCGCUGUCAUCAUCGCCAUCUGCACCACCAAGAAGCUCCAUGUGCCUGCCAACUACCUCAUCUGCUCUCUGGCCAUCACAGACUUCCUAGUGGCGCUCCUCGUGAUGCCUAUCAGCAUCUUUUACAUCACCAUGGAGACGUGGUACCUGGGUCACGUGGUGUGCGAGGUGUGGUUGAGUGUAGACAUGACCUGCUGCACCUGCUCCAUCCUGCACCUGUGCGUUAUAGCCCUGGACAGGUACUGGGCCAUUACCAAAGCUAUUGAGUACACUCGCAAGAGGUCACCCCGCCGCGCCGCCGUCAUGGUGGGAACAGUCUGGGUCAUCUCAGUUUUCAUAUCUAUGCCGCCCUUAUUCUGGAGGCAGAGGCCCAGUACCAACAACCUCCAGCGGUGCAUCAUAGAGCAUGACCACUUGGGAUACACCAUAUACUCUACUUUAGGGGCAUUUUACAUCCCAAUGAUCAUCAUUCUUAUCUUAUACUACAAGAUUUACAAUGCUGCCAAGACACUUUACCAGAAGCGUGGAUCUUCUCGGCACCUGAGUAGUCGCAGCAUGGGCAGUCAGAACUCUGUGGACCAUUGCCGUGUCUCCCAUACAUUUUGUGUGUCAGACUUGUCAAACUCUGAUCCCUCCCUGGCUACUGACAAACUCAACGCCACUAUCCGCAUCCCAUCCUUCGAAACGGACAUAGAUGGGCAGGAUGAGAAGAACCAGAUUUGUACCUCACGUGAGCGGAAAGCAGCACGAAUCCUUGGCCUUAUCCUGGGGGCCUUCAUAAUUUGCUGGCUGCCUUUCUUUUUGAAGGAGCUUCUGGUGGGUCUGCAAGUUUUACAGCCUUCUCAGCUUAUCUCAGACUUCCUGACUUGGCUUGGUUAUAUCAAUUCUCUCAUCAAUCCCCUGCUAUACACCAGCUUUAAUGAUGAUUUCAAGCUGGCUUUUAAAAAGCUACUCAAAAGAAAAGACCAUGCAUAG